CAGCGCCUCACAGCUUUGGUGGACAGCUCCGUGGUGCUGAAAUCUCAGGCGCACUUUCACUCACGCACCCAGAUUACUGCGAUUCGUGACUGGAACCAUGGAAGGAUUCUCGUGGAAACUUUUUCUACUCUCUUGUCUGGUCGCCGUGGAGAGCUCCGCGCAAGACUUCGGACAGACGCAGUUUAUUUGCACGUCGGUACCCAAAGAUAUGGACUUGUGUUCCGCCACGAUGCAAAACAGCGGGCCUGCGGAAGACCUGAAGACCACGAUCACACAGCUGCGCGAGACCGUGCUGCAACAAAAAGAGACCAUUGUGAAUCAAAAGGAGACAAUCAGGGAACUAACGUCUAAGUUGAGCCGCUGUGAAAGUCAGAGUCUCCCGGCGGCGGCGGGACCCGGCGGGAGGCGCCCGGGGGCCAAGAACACGAUGGGAGAUGUAUCUCGGGGCACCACGGAUACUCUGGCCCAGCUGGGACAGACUUUACAGACGCUCAAACAGAGACUGGAGAAUCUAGAGCAGUACAGCCGGGGGAAUAACACCGUGCAAGCGAACAGCCUGAAAGAUCUCCUACAGAACAAGAUAGACGACAUGGAGAAGCAAGUUCUGUCCCGGGUCAACACUUUAGAGGAAAGCAAACCUGGACCAAGGAAUGACACGGAGCAGAGGAACAUAGUAGAGUCCACGCUCACAUCUCUGCACCACCGGAUCACGGAUCUGGAGAAAGGUAAAGACACCAGGCCAACAGAUAAGUUCCAGCUCACCUUCCCUCUGAGAACCAACUACAUGUAUGCCAAAGCCAAGAGGAGCCUUCCUGAAAUGUAUUCCUUCAGUGUGUGUCUGUGGAUAAAGUCCAACGCCUCCCCUGGGGUGGGAACACCCUUUUCUUACGCCGUCCCGGGUCAAUCCAACGAACUGGUGCUGAUUGAGUGGGGGAACAAUCCCAUGGAGAUUCUCAUCAAUGACAAAGUUGCAAAGCUGCCGUUUCUCAUCAACGAUGGCAAAUGGCAUCACCUCUGCAUCACGUGGACCACCAGGGAUGGGAUGUGGGAGGCCUUCCAGGAUGGAGUGAUGAGGGGCAAUGGAGAGAAUCUGGCACCGUACCACCCCAUCAAACCAGAGGGAGUGCUGGUCCUGGGACAAGAGCAGGACACCCUGGGAGGAGGUUUCGAUGCAACGCAAGCCUAUGUCGGUGAGCUGGCAAACCUAAAUAUCUGGAAUAGGAAACUUUCUAUUGCUGAGAUCUACAACUUGGCGACCUGCAACAGCAAAGCACCGGCUGGCAACGUCUUCUCCUGGACAGAGAACAACAUUGAAAUAUUUGGCGGGGCAACCAAAUGGACCUUCGAGCCGUGCCGUUCGCUCAACUGAGCUCGCCAUUCAAGAAAGGCCUCUCUGUAUUUCUGAGCUUUUGUCGUUCUUGUCUUCAUUUGACGUUUGUUAGAGACUAUCUGAGUUAUUGGUAAGCUUAAAUCUGGAAUUUAUAUGAUUCUUAGGUAUUCAUGUGCAAAACAACACUUCUCAUCUUGAGGAACAAAAAACGAAAAAAAUCCCAUUCCUCGUGGAAACCGCUGUGAGAAAAUGUUGGUAUCUGCUAUCCUUUUUUUUCUUUCUUGGAUGUUCAGUUGAAAGCACACCUAAGCUUUUUGUUUGGCUUAUUUCGUCUUGGACUGGCAGCUGGCAAUCUGCGCCUUAUGUUUGGACUAUUCACAAUCUAAGUGAGGAAUUACAUAACCAAUCCCACCCUCCUUUCCCUCUGGAGAGUGGGAGAUUAUGCUGUCCGUCCAAUUCUCGUCAGUGUUUGGCGCUGUGAAGUGAUGUCUGAUGCGGUACAGCUCCCAGCAACCCCCAUCCCCCCGUCCUCCUCCAGGCUCCCGCACCCCCUCCUCUCUCCUUCACGUCGCCCCUGCCGCCCUUCCGGAACUUGCACUGUGACUGACAAAGAGGAAUGCCAGGAGAGGAGGGUACGAUGAAGGACACUACAAAGUCAGACUGUGGUACAAGUCUAAUCAUUGUUCGCUUCAAGUGUUUCUGUAAGGAUGUUAACUUGCCAACAUUGCUACGAAGCCUGGGUGCCUUGGGCCGGUGCAAAUAUUCAGCACAUUCAGUAUGUUUUCAGUUGCAAAUUCAAUGUUUAUCAGUUUGUGUUUCUUUUUUCUGAGUCAGGUUAAGUUUCUCGUUCCUCUCUGGUUGGUAAAUGUAAUUUAAUUCUGGUUUGUUCUCUGACAUGACGUGUUUUGGCAGGUGUUUGUACUACUCUGUAUUAGGAAUGUUGCAGUAUCUGUAUAGUAACAGCAUGGAAGACGGAGUGCUGUGAAAGCAUUGUUGAAAUCUGCUUUACUAUCUUCUCUGGGUCUGGGUUUUUUACUGUAUUGUUAUAUGCUCCAAGCAUGGCAAAACUGAAAGAUGAAGAAUUUAAUUUUUGUAAUAAAAUUGUGAUACUUAA